CCACUUCCAGAAUCGAUCACAGCUUCGCGAAGAGAUACCAUUGACAGAUAAUUGCACAGCAAGGCGUUUUAAAGAUAAAUUGGCUUGAAACGAACACAGCUGCUCCUCCAUACCUUGCUAGAACCCACUCUUUACCGCCAAGCCAGGACCCUUUUGAUGACGACACCGUCCUUGUUUUGAAAAGCCACGUUACUGUACUUUGAUACCUUGGUGGCCGGCCUACAACCACACCGAGGGACAGUUUACAAUCGCAACUCCAACCCCAACCAACCCGAAUAUUGGCGGACCAUAAUCGCACACUAUACACACACACACAUCCAAGAUGAUCCGCUCAACACAGAUUGCGAGGCUCGACGGCCUCAUGCUCUGCGCCUCCGUCGACGACUCCGAGACCGAGCAGGCCCUCUCGGAAGUAAAAUCCCAAGUGAAGCUGAUCCUGCGGCGACUCAGCCGCACCUCGGAGCCACAAGCAUCGAUCGAGAGCGGCGCCUACACGCUGCACUACCUGAUCGCAGCGGACAUCGUGUACGUGGCGAUCACGGAGCGGACGUACCCGCGCAAGCUGGCGUUCACGUACCUGUCGGACCUGGCGACCGAGUUCUCGACGACGUACCCGGCGGCGCAGCUGCAGAGCGCCGUGCUGCGGCCCUACGCCUUCAUGGAGUUCGACACCUUCAUCAGCCGCACCAAGGCCACCUACAGCGACGCCCGCGCGACGCAGAACCUCGACAAGCUCAACGACGAGCUGCGCGACGUCACCAAGGUCAUGACCAAGAAUAUCGAGGAUUUGCUGUACCGCGGGGAUAGCUUGGACCGCAUGGGCGAGCUGAGCAGCAGGCUGCGCGACGACAGCAAGAAGUACAGGAAGGCGGCCGUCAAGAUCAACUGGGACUUGAUGCUGAAGCAGUACGGGCCGUUUGGGGCUCUCGGGCUGAUCAUGCUGGUGUUUAUGUGGUGGCGCUUCUUUUGAGCGGGAUCUGGCGGGUGAACGGUGGUCGGUUGUUGCUGUAUAGGAUUGCUUUGUUUUCGGCCUCAGCAUCGGCGUUGGGGUUAUGAAAUUCGACGGCCGGUUGUGCCGUUACCUUCUGUGUAUGCUCGGUUGAUGCGUGUAUGAACUAAAUAUUAGACGGCCAUGCUGAAUGAAGCAUGGGUGGGGCAUAAUGCCGAACUUUGGGUGUUUUCUCUCCGGC